UUCGAUUCUACCUUCAUUUACGUUUAAAUCCAAACCACAACCUUGGCUAAUUCAGUCCAUGAUUUUUUCUCGGAAUAUUUUUCAAAAAUUCCGCGUGAAUUUCAUUUGUUCCAAAUCGUGUUGACACGAGACGUCAGCAUUUACCCUUUUUACUAUCAAAAUGGGUGAGAAACGUGGACGAGGUGAGAUGGCUAUAAUGACUCCCGAACAAGUACUGGCCAAACAAUUUAGAGCAAAAUGUAGAUUUAAAGCAACGGUGCGUCGAGUUAUACAAAAUUUGUACUGGCUCAACGACUUUGAAGAUCAAAUUCUAAACGAGUCUGUGGAGAAGAAUAUUUACCUUCUUACAAGACGAAAGGGCGAAAACACGUUGUCGAUAAGGGACAAAGCAAUUCUUAACAAACCAGUACAGGCGAGAACUGAGUUGGAUAGUGCCUAUCUGUAUAGAGCAAUUGGGGGGUUGAAAUGCUUCCGGAGAUAUCCGACGCACGUUAAAGCCCAACUAGCGGCGGUGACUUAUUUUGCAUAUUACCAACCUGGUAGAGUAAUUUUUCGUGAGGGACAUAUGGCGCAAGCACUUUACUUCAUCGUUUCCGGCGAAGUAAUUAUGAGUCAGCUCGUUUACGAUCCAGUGCUGGAUAAAAAUGUAAACCAGGACGUUGGUCGUCGUGGACCUGGAGCAGUACUCGGCGAGGUCUCGCUUCUGCACGACAUUCCUCGACCAGUUACAGCCACUACUAGCAGUAAGCCCUUGAUUAGCGGUUCUCGAAUGUCUUCUUCAUCGCCCAUUUUAGCCAAUACUGAAUUUUUGCGUUUGCUAAAGGACGACUUCAAUAUAGUCCUUAAAGCUACAGUUCAGCAGCAGUGGUUUGAAGUACAACGCGCCCUGGAUAUGUUUACCUAUUUCGAAAAUUGGAACGACAUGACAAGGCGCGAAUGUUGUAUUUUAGCCAAAAUGCUCGCAUUUAAACCAGACGAAACCAUACGAGGCGACGGAGUUGGCAACAAAGACUACGUCUAUUUUGUAUUAAAAGGUCAAUGUAGGAUUAUUCAACAUUUGUACACAACUCACUACACUAAAAAUGGAAAAGUUCACUACAAGAUAUAUCACCCGGUGUAUGGUCGAGAUAAAGAGAGUGCUAUCACUAAUGUGCAUGAAGAACGCGUGUCUACAAGUAAAGUACAGAAGUCCGCUCAUGGUGAACUUCCGAGAUUUGGUAGUGCAGAUUCAGACGAAUUCGUUCCUCACAAAACCCACCCACUGUUACCCCCAAACGUAGAGCUUCACUUUAUGCAGGUCUGCCUUUUAAACGAGACAGCUUGUUUUUCCAUCGGCGAAAACUUCGUUAACAGACGAGUGGUAGCCGUGACCAAUGUUGAGUGUUUACUGAUACCACGGUACUGGUUAAUGCAGAGAAACAUAGGAAAUAUUUGGAAUAGGGUAAAACAGUAUCUGAACAGCCACAUCCCGUCCGCGAAUGAAGUACACCAAGAGUUUUUGAAAGGUCGAAAAUGGUGCCAUCACGAGAAGGAAACAAUUGACGCGCUUCUUGCCAAAAAGCAAUCGGUAAACCAUGCCUCAAUGUGGGACGUUCCGCUUUUUAUAAGGAUGAACGAGAAAAUUGAUUUGUAGAUUGAAAUAUACUAGCAAGAGGUCUAAAAGUGGUUUAGUUUUUCUUCAGCACCAUCCGUACACGGUAGUGAGCCAGAUAGUCUGGAAACCAGACGAAAAAGCUGGAAGUAAGGUACGGUGAAAAUUUUUUGCGGUUUUAGGUCACUAAGUAGGUCAAUUUUAAGAAUCCGAUUGAUGCCACUCUGUCACCCUUG